UGUGUUCUAGCUCUCAGCCGCUCCACCCUCAUCCUCCUCCAGCAGACAUGGUGCUCCACCCUCAUCCUCCGAGCCUAACAGCAGCCUGACAGCAGCCUAACAGCAGCCUAACAACAGCCUGGCAGCAGCCUGACAGCAGCCUAACAACAGCCUGACAGCAGCCUGACAGCAGCCUGACAGCAGCCUAACAGCAGACAUGGUGCUCCACCACCAAGAGUUCACCAACGCAGGGAAGACGGCCGGCCUGCAGAUCUGGAGGGUCGAGAGUCUGGAGCUGGUUCCUGUUCCAGAGAGCUUGUGUGGGAACUUUUACACUGGAGAUGCUUACGUGAUUCUCUCCACUGUCAGACAGAAGAACAGCUUCUUCUACCACCUGCACUACUGGCUGGGAAAGGAGUGCAGCCAGGAUGAGAGCACCGCCGCGGCCAUCUUUACUGUGCAGUUGGACGACCACCUGGGAGGAAAGCCGGUCCAGUACCGAGAACUGCAGGGAAUCGAGUCAACAGCCUUCAGCAGCUACUUCAAGGGAGGGAUCACCUACAAGACAGGAGGUGUGGCCUCAGGUUUCCACCAUGUGGUCACCAAUGAGCUUUCAGCACAGAGACUCCUCCACAUCAAGGGCCGGCGGGUCGUCAGGGCCACCCAGGUCCGUCUCAACUGGACGAGCUUCAACAGCGGAGACUGCUUCAUCGUUGACCUCGGAGACAAGAUCUAUCAAUGGUGUGGAUCCAAGUCUAACAAGUUUGAGCGCCUGAAGGCAACACAAGUGGCCAGAGGUAUCCGUGACAACGAGAGAAACGCCCGCGCCAAACUGGAGGUGGUAGAAGAGGGAAGUGAACCAUCCCAGUUUACUGACGUCCUUGGAGUGAAGCCAGAGCUGUCAGAGGGAGGUGAUGAUGACGAUACCGAGGCAGACGUGUACAACAGGAAGAUGGCUAAACUCUACAUGGUAUCUGAUGCGUCAGGGUCCAUGAAAGUGAGCGUUGUGAAGGAGGAGAACCCGUUCCUCCAGAGUGACCUGCUCUCAGAGGAAUGCUUCAUUCUGGAUCACGGCAGAAACAAGAUGAUAUUUGUAUGGAAAGGACAUACUGCCAACCCCAGUGAAAGAAAGGAAGCCAUGAAAACAGCUGAGGGCUUCAUUAAACAGAUGGGCUACCCGGCAAACACACAGAUCCAGGUGUUGCCAGAGGGAGGAGAGACUCCCAUGUUCAAGCAGUUCUUCCUGGGCUGGAAGGACAGAGACCAGAGCGAGGGUUUUGGAAAGGUAUUUGUCACUGAAAGGAUUGCGAGGAUCCAGCAGAGGGAGUUUGAUGCCUCCAAGCUCCAUGAGUCCCAUCACAUGGCAGCCCAGUACAACAUGGUGGAUGAUGGGAGUGGAGACACACAGAUCUGGAGGGUGGAGAGCAGUGGCAGAGUUCCUGUCGACCCAAAGAGCUAUGGUCAGUUCUACGGCGGGGACUGUUACAUCAUCCUGUACACUUAUGGGAGGAGGCAUGUCAUCUACACCUGGCAAGGAGCCAGCUGCUCUCUGGAUGAGCUAACAGCUUCGGCCUUCCUGACUGUCGAACUGGAUCGAUCACUGGGAGGACAUGCAGUUCAGGUUAGAGUGUGCCAGGGUAAAGAACCCCCACAUCUGCUGAGUCUCUUCACAUCCAAACCCCUCGUUGUAUAUAAGAGUGGUACGUCCCGCUUCAGAGGCCAGACUCCCCCACCACCUCCAACCCGACUCUUUCAGGUACGGAGGAACCUGGGCGCCAUCACCAGGAUCGCUGAGGUCGAUGCCAGCGCGUCCAGUCUGAACUCUAAUGACGCCUUCCUGCUGAAGACGGCUGAUGGCCGGAGCUAUCUGUGGAUGGGCAAAGGGGCCAGUGAAGAAGAGCAGAAAGGAGCUGAGUACAUGAGUAGAGAGCUGAACUGCAGCAGCAAACACACCAUGGAAGGAAAAGAACCAGAUGACUUCUGGGCAGCUUUAGGGGGGAAGACUGAGUACCACACCUCAGAACGACUGGAGAGUCAGACCAUGACUCACCCUCCUCGUCUGUUUGGAUGCUCCAACAAGACCGGCAGGUUCACAAUUGAGGAGGUUCCAGGAGGGUUCAUCCAGGACGACUUGGCUGAAGACGAUGUGAUGCUGCUGGAUGUGUGGGACCAGGUGUUUGUUUGGAUCGGAAAGGAUGCCAACGAAGUGGAGAGGUCCGAAUCUGUCAGAUCUGCCAAACAGUACAUCGAGACGGACCCGAGUGGCCGGGAUCAGCAGACUCCCGUAGUGGUGGUGAAACAAGGCCAUGAACCUCCUACCUUCACAGGCUGGUUCCUGGCCUGGGACCCCUCCCACUGGGACUCUGUCACCAGGAGCAUGAGGUCCAUGCAUGUUUAGAUCACGAUUAUACAAAUAUAUUGUUCUGUGCAGGAAAACUGGAAUAGUCUCUUUUAUAUAAUCAGUAUGAUCAAAUAAAUAAAUUUACUAUCUUUGAUCAA